GCCCGAAGCUCAACAGCAGCAGUAGCGCCUCACCACACGCGUAUUACUUCCCCAGCAAAGCAUUCGCCGCCUCCAACCCCGCUCUCACCUCGCGACCACACAACCUGAGCAUACCAGGGCGGCGGAACUGUACCGGUUAUCAUGGCCUGAGUGUUGCAGUGGGUAGCCUAGAGUAUAACGCAAUCGUUGGCGACAGUUGAUAAAGCGGAACCCCCGCAUUUCCUCUGAGGCCUGAGUUGGCACUCAGUGCCCAGAUCUUUCGCGCGCCUUCCAAUCCCGACAAAGUCCGCGGUCCUCGCGCGCUUUCAUUCCGUGAACAGAUAUUCUUUCCCUCCUCGAGUGCGAAUCUGCCCGGGGCAGCGAGCAUAAUGGCGCCCAAGAAGAAGGAGAUUGGGUACAUGAAUAAAUAUGUUUACGACGCAUUCCUAUGGACCUUCUCGGUGCUGGUGGAGCUCUUCUUCCGCGAGGUGCAUCCACGAGGGAGCUGGAAAGUGCCCAAGGAGGGGCCUGUCUUGUUUGUGUGCGCACCGCACGCGAAUCAGUUCGUCGAUCCCCUGAUCUUGAUGCGCGUGGUCAAGAAAGAAACGGAACGCCGCAUCCACGUCCUCACCGCCGAGAAGUCGAUGAAGCGCAAGUUCGUGGGCACAAUGGCAGCGGCUUCGGGCGCCGUACCCGUCGGCAGAGCAAUGGACAAGACCAAACCGGCGCCAGGACACAUCUACCUCCCAGACGCCGUCAACGACCCCCUUCUCGUACGUGGCGUGGGCACAAACUUCGAGGCGAGUGACUUCCAGGUCGGAGGAUCGCUGGUGUUGCCCAAGGUCAACAACGUGGCUGCCUCUGCUGAAAUACUCGAGAUCAAGGGGCCGGAAGAGAUCAGGCUCAAGCGGCCCUUUAAAGGCGGAGUCGCUAUGCAGCAGUUGACUGGCCGAAAUGACAUGACCGAGGAUGGCGUCUUCGUCAACGGUGCAUCGUCUGCAAUCGGUCCUGCACCCGGCUAUGAAGGCACCGUUUUCCAGAUUGCACCUAAGCUCAACCAGACCGAAGUAUACGACGCCGUGCAUACCGUGCUCCACCGCGGAGGCACUAUUGCCAUCUUCCCGGAAGGCGGUAGCCAUGAUCGAACGGAGCUUCUACCCCUCAAAGCUGGUGUCGCCAUCAUGUCUUUGGGCACGGUAGCUUCCAAGCCGGAUUGUAACUUGAAGAUUAUUCCUGUUGGCAUGAACUACUUUCACGCUCACAAGUUCCGCUCGAGGGCUGUGAUUGAAUUUGGCAAUGCUAUCGAAGUGCCCGUUGAACUUGCGCAGAAGUUCCAAGCCGGCGAGCGACGAGAGACCAUUGGCCAAAUGCUAGAGACUAUUCGAGAAGGGCUCAUCUCCGUCACAGUAACAGCGCCUGACUACGACACGCUCAUGUUGAUCCAAGCUGUACGUCGUCUAUAUAAUCCCAAAGGCACGAAACUUCCGCUACCCCGCGUUGUCGAGCUCAACCGCCGCCUUAUACAGGGCUACAAUAAGUACAAGGAUGACCCGCGUAUUGUCGAUCUCAAGAAGGAGGUUCUGAGCUACAACAAGCAGAUUCUGGCCCUAGGUGUCAGAGAUCACCAGGUACAGUAUGCCAGAGUCAGCGGUGUCACGUGCUUUUUCCUUUUCUGGUAUCGUCUCCUGAAGCUCUGUGUGCUGUCCAUCUUCGUGGUUCCUGGGACGCUCCUGUUCGGCCUCGUUUUCCUCAUUUGUAAACUCUACUCGAAGCGUAAGGCGAGGCAAGCACUUGCAGAGUCGAACGUCAAAGUGCAGGCCAGAGAUGUGUUAGCCACCUGGAAGCUCCUGGUCGCCAUGGCUGUCGCCCCGCUGGUUUAUACCUACUACGUCGUCCUUGUCACCUGGCUUUACUCUUAUAACCGGGUGUUCGGUUUCCUGCCGGAUGGGCUGAGGAAAAGGUACCUAAUUACUGCGCAAGUAAUGAUCUAUCCCACGGUUACCUACGCCGCACUGCGCUUCGGAGAAGUUGCCAUGGACAUCUUGAAGUCGCUCGGCCCACUCGUCAAGAUGGUAAAUCCGUGGACCGGUAACGAACUUGCGAAGGCCCAGGCCCGCCGCGAAAAGCUUGCCGAACGCAUCACUGACAUUAUUAAUACUCUCGGUCCCGAAAUGUUCGACGACUUCCAUUCUAAGCGCAUCAUCUCGGACCCCUUCACGCAGUCACCACCUGCAACCCCACCCAAACAGAAGUCCGAAGCAGAUGGCGAGCGAGAAGCACCCGAACCUGUCGAAUCCUACGAUUUCCCUGCCUCUCCAACGUCACCCACCUCGGACCGCAAUGGUCUCCACAAGAAUGAGUCUUUCACCGAUCUUGCGAACCAGGACAUCUUCAGUACGCGACCAAGUACGCCUAAGAGACAUCACAGUCGUAUGCCGAGUAACGGGUUUGGUCAGGGCUUCCAGCUCAAGCCCUUUAGCACGAUCGACGGCAAUUUGGAUGAGGUCAGUAAGAGGAUCAAGAGCGGAAUGCGGAGUAGAGGCCACAGACGAAGCAGUGUGGAGAAUUGGCACCAAGAAGAGGAGGAGAGUGGUGCUACCACGCCGAGGAGCGAGGCUUCGCACGAUGGGCUAACCAUGUCGAGAAAGGAGCGAUGAGGGUCUGGUGUGAAAAGUUCGUGAUUGGCAUUUUUUAUUUCGUUGGUGCAUUGUUGUGUAGCGCGCGAUUUGUGUAGUGGGCGAUUGAGUGGUUCAGCAUGGCGUUCAGAGCGUGCUUUGUGAUACCAAAUCUUUAAUCGUCGAUAUCUGCUUGAUAAUUGACUUCACCAAUGAGCUGCAAAUGGCAAGUGCGGCCUUUGGUCGAGGCUUGGCAUCAUCAGUUGCGCCACAUAACGUCUACAACAGCUGUGGCUUCAUGUCUCUUGUACACUGC